ACAACACCUACGGCCCUAAUCUACAAUAACAACUCACGUCCAUACUCUUUGGUCACGCCAGAUUAUACCGUGCUGUCUACAUCGCCUCUUGAUCAAAUGCUCCGAAACUUUCGAAUAUUGCGCAGACGCCUGACAUCAACCUCAUCGAGUAGUAUCACCAAAUCAAACAUGACAGACCAAGCACGCAUAUUUCGGCCUCUCAGAGAUGAUUCCGAUAAGAAAGAUGGUGUGGUACUGAGGGGCAUCAUUUUUGAUGUUGACGGGACACUUUGCUUGCCGCAGAACUACAUGUUUGGGCAGAUGCGCGCCGCCCUCAAAAUCGACAAAUCCGUCGAUAUCCUCGAGCACAUUUUCUCACUCCCACAGCCCGAACAAGACGCUGCACAAGAUGCGAUCAAAUCAAUCGAGCGCGAGGCCAUGGCACUGCAGCAGCCACAGGAAGGUGUGGUCGAGCUCAUGGAGUAUUUGCAAGCAAAGGGGUUGAGAAAGGGUAUAUGCACGAGGAACUUCAAUGCACCCGUGGACCAUCUCCUUUCAAAGUUUCUCCCAGGACACACUAUGGAUCUGAUCAUAACGCGCUCGUUCUACCCACCAAAACCCGAUCCUGCCGGAAUUCUGCAUAUUGCAAACGUGUGGGCGGAGACUGAUGGGUGGAGUAUGCCUACUGCGUCACAACGGGACCCUAUUCUAACUCCGGUCGUCCCUCGGACCCCGACUUUAACGCAUCAUCCCCGUCAAUCCCAGACCUCCACCGUGACUUCCGCCGUACCAACACCAAAAAGUGUCCAACAAGGGGAGAGGCUGGAUGUGAUCAUGGUGGGCGAUAGUAUUGACGAUAUGACGGCGGGAUAUCGGGCUGGCGCAGCGACAGUGUUAUUGAUCAAUCGGGAAAAUGAACAUUUGGCGGAUCAUGAGCAUACGGAUGUGGUGGUGAAGAAAUUGAGUGAUUUAAUUGAGAUUCUAGAGGCAGGGUUUAGAGGGAAGACCAAAAGGUCUGGGCAAGUUUGAGGGCGUAGGUGUGUAGAUACAGUGAGGAAAAUAAAUCUGGACAACAAUCUGGACAGACUUCGCUGCCCGAA